AUGGGCAGCUGUGCAAGUGUAGUGUUACAUUCCAAUGCAACUCUUCAAACAGAAACAUCAGAGAAAGUGGUCAUUGACUUGAUCUCUUAUGGUUCACAGAGUGAUGGAAAGUGUUGUCAAGAGUCCUCAUCUUCAGAUUGUACCAGUACCUCCCAUCCUUCUUCUUCAAAUAUGAUCCUCUCUCAACAACACCAAUCACUGGAUACGUCUCAAACAGAAGCAGAUACUCCUUAUUAUGAGGAAGAUGCUGCUUCAUCUCCUGGUUCUCUGUUGGAUAAAAAAAGAAAUUCCUUAAUCAAGCCGGGUCCAGUACGUCAUCGAUCCAUACCUUUCAUUAUCAUUUCACAAUCGACAAGAUCACAAUUGACUACUCAAAAACGGCCGAUGGCUUGCAGUGCUUUUCUAUGUGUUCCUGAUGAUGUCAAGUCGUUUUAA